AUGAACCAAGACAACUGGUUGAGCCUUGCCAGGCCGUCUGAGGUGCAAUCUCUUUCCGCUAUCUUGUUAACUUGCUUCUGCUUCUCACACCAGGCACCGCAUGUGUUCGACUACUCGUGUGAAUGCGCAACAAUCGCAGAACAGGUAGCUUCAAGCCGACUUAAACGUUUCAUCUGCUUGCGUUUGCAGGAGAAUGGCUUUGCUGCAGCCGAGGCAGCAUCAGCAGCACAGGCUGAGGACGGGGAGGGAGCAGGGGUGGGUGAGGGAUUAUUGGAGGGCGAUAUUUCGGUGGUGCCGCGUGAGGUCUUUGUGGUGGACACAUUGGAGAAGGCUCACCAGGCGGCUGCUCGUCUGCGCGCUCUGCACGCUGCGAACCCCUCCAUGUUUUUCGCUUGCGACACGGAGGUGUCGCACAUCGAUGUGACCAAGGAGUCACCGUGCGGGCAUGGCACGGUGAUCUGCUUCUCAGUGUACUGCGGCGAGGACAUUGACUUUGGAGGGAGCGGGGAUGGGGACAUCCGCCAGAAUCAGCUCUGGGUGGAUACUAUGGGGACGGUAGACGCGAUCUGGGAGGCCUUCAGGGAUUUUUUUGAGGACAAGAGCGUGCUCAAGGUGUGGCACAACUACUCCUUCGACCGCCACGUGCUUGCCAACGUGUUCGUGGGCGGCCGGCCGAUCGAGGCGCGCGGAUUCCACGCUGACACAAUGCAUAUGGCGCGGCUGUGGGACUCCUCCCGCCGCGGCAAGGGCUACUCCCUGGAGGCCCUCAGCGGUGAUGAAAUUGUUCCUGGUGUGCACAGGGAAAAUGUUUUGGUGCCAAGGCGGCUUGGCAACGGCUCAUCCCCCAGCGCCAAGACAGGCAUGAAGGAGCUCUUCGCGGAGCCCAAAGUGAAGAAGGAUGGCACGCUCAGCAAGGCAUGCCUCUACACACCUUUUCUCUCACGCGUGCAGAUCAAGGAGCUGCCGCCGAUGGAGGAGUUGCAGGCGUGCGUGCGGCGGCGAGGCAAGUGGAUCCGCUACAGCGCGCUGGACGCCAAGGCCACGCAUGACCUGGCGCUGGGCCUGCAGCGCCAGCUGGCCGCCAUGCCCUGCCCUCCCCAGCUCUACCUCGGCAUGGACCCAGCCGGGUACACCUUGUGGGACCUGUACCAGGACUACUGGAAGCCCUUUGGCGAGCUGCUGACGGACAUGGAGAAGGAAGGCAUGAUGGUGGACAGGGAGCACUUGAGGGCGGCAGAGGAGAAGGCGGUGGAGGACCAGGAGCGAGCAAAGAAACGGUUUAGGGAGUGGGUGCGCACCAAAGUGCCCGACGCCGAGUACAUGAACAUCUGCAGCGGCCCACAGAUCCGGCAGCUGCUGUUUCCGGGCGUGCCGAACAUGAAGGCUGACAAGGGCAGGCUGGAGCUGCAGCGCACCUUCAAGGCGCCGAACGUGCUGGGGCGGAUAGAGGAGGGUAAGAAGAUCGCCAAGAAGCAGAUGGACAUCGUCAUCCACGGCCUCUGGGGCGUCGAUGCAGUCUCCCCGCUCGUGCCGGAGGUGUUCACUGCGUCUGGCUGGCCCGCCGUGUCCACGCCGGUGCUGCGCGGCCUGGCCGGCAAGCCCGGAGCAGCCAAGCGCGCCCUCCUGGAGCUGGCGGCGGCCCGGGUGCUGGCGGACAUGCAGAGCCUGGAGUAUGAGGCCAACAUGAAGGAGGCGGCCGCGUGCGGCUACGGCAAACUCUACGCCGUCUUCGGGGGCGGCCGCGAAGGCCUGCACGCCUGUGCCGCAGUGGAUGCGUUGUGUGAGGUGAGUGCGGUGGACACGCUGCUGUCCAACUUCAUCCGCCCGCUGCAGGGGGGUGCCAUCGCCACUCCGGUGCUGCACCGCGUGCACUGCUCGCUCAACAUCAACACGGAGACGGGCCGUCUGUCCGCGCGGCGCCCCAACCUGCAAAACCAGCCCGCCCUUGAGAAGGACCGCUACAAGGUGCGCAAGGCGUUCAGGGCGGAGCCUGGCAAGACGUUGGUGGUGGCGGACUAUGGGCAGCUGGAGCUGCGGCUGCUGGCGCACAUGGCGGACUGCGAGAGCAUGCUGCGCGCAUUCCGCCUCGGGGGCGAUUUCCACUCCCGUACCGCUCUCGGCAUGUACGACCACAUCAAGGCCGCCAUCGACAGAGGGGAGUGCCUGCUGGAGUGGGACAGUGUGGAGGGGCAGAAGGCGCCGGUGCCGCUGCUGAAGGACAUGUUUGGCAGCGAGCGGCGCAAGGCCAAGGUGCUCAACUUCUCCAUUGCGUACGGGAAGACUGCGCACGGCCUCUCGCGCGACUGGGGCACCUCCCUCGAAGAGGCCAAGGACACCGUCGAACGAUGGUACUCCGACCGGCCCGAGGUGGAGCAGUGGCAGAAGGAGCAGCGGCGCCUGGCAGAGAUGGAGGGUUAUGUGUGCACCAUCCUCGGCCGCAGGCGACAGCUGCCCGACGCCCAGUCAGCCAACCAGAAAGCCAAGGGGCAUGCGUUGCGCGCUGCGAUCAACACGCCCAUCCAGGGGAGCGCGGCGGAUGUGGCGACUGCAGCCAUGCUCUCCAUCGCGCGCUGCCCAGAGCUCAAAGAGAUGGGCUGGACCAUGCUGCUCCAGGUGCACGAUGAGGUGAUUCUUGAGGGGCCCAAGGAGACAGCUGAGCGCGCACAGCAGCUGGUGGUGCAGCACAUGGAGAAGCCUUUUGAGGGGUCCAACCCACUCAGAGUGGACCUUGUGGUGGACUCCAACAUUGCAGACACCUGGUAUGAGGCCAAGUGA